AUGAAUCCAUCUCCUCGUCGUGCUUUCAGCUUUCCACAAAGAUCGUGGGCUCUGGAAGAUCGCUUACCAGGUGAACUCGAACAUUUGUCGAACGUACUGCGGCGGAAUGGAUAUGAUGGAAAGCUGAAAGCACGACGACACAAACGGAAUAGGCCGAGAGAGGUGGCGAGACAGCCUGCUUUUUUGCCGUACGUCAAAGGGGUAACUGACAAACUGUCGAAGAUUUUAAACAAACACGUAAUAAAAACUAUUUUUACCCCCGACAGUAAGAUAGCACAAAAACUGCGAUCGCCCAAAGACCGUAUUCCGUUUGAAACACCCGGUGUCUACAAAAUCAACUGCAGCUAUGGCAGCUCGUAUAUAGGACAAACCAAGCGCACCAUCACCAGUCGCAUAAAGGAACAUAUACGAGCUGUUAAAAACAACGAUCCUCAGAAGUCGGCCAUAGCUGAACACCUUUUGGACCCCUCCACCAAUCACUGGAUUGAACUACAUAGUCCCCAGGUACUAUCGACAGAACGCCACUACAUACCAAGAUUGGUAAGAGAAGCGAUUGAAAUUGCUAAAUGCAAAAAUUUCAAUCGCGAAGAUGGGUUUAAAUUGUCGAGUGCCUGGAAUCCAGUGAUCCAGUAUUACAACAAGACUGGACAGCAACCGACUUCGAGUACGCGCACAAAUGUGGACACAGUGAGUUUAGUUUGUCGACAACAAAAAAUAACAUCGAGUGCGGACUUAAUGUGCAGUGAGAACGCGUACAGGACAGUGGUAGUGGUCGCCGAAUCAGAAAGAAGGUAG